GAUUACGGAUGAUCGAAGCGGAGAGCCGAGAAGCCGUGAGUCGGAGAGCGGAGAGAGCAUCUGUCAUGGCCGACGCUCGGUUGGCGAGCGUAGUUACGGUCGGAUCGUAUCAGCGUGCGGUGGUAUAUGACAGUGCGUCGUCGUCCUCCAAGGAGAGUGACUGAGAGGUGGUGAGACCUGGAGCGACGCGAGACACAAUAAUGGAUGAUAAUGGGCAGACGAGCGGGUGUCGAUACGAGGAUAGACGCUACCACUAGCGAGCUCGAGGUGCUCGUUGUGUCAGAAGAGGAGGUGGAGGAGGAGGAGGUGGUGCUGCGAGAGGUGAACUUAUGCGACGGGAGGUUCGCGACGACGAUGAUGAUGGAGUCGCGGCAUCCGCGUAGGGCCCGCUUGCGCCGCAUCAUCGGGAUAUGCCUGUUUCUGGCGUUGACCGGGAUCGUCUACCUGGGCUACUUCUGUCCCGAUCAUGUGUGCGCCCUGACCAAUCGCGAGAUCAAAGAGUCCAUCAGGGUAUCCGAGAGCCUGUCCGUCCCCGUCGGCUCCGCCGCACUGUCUUCCGUGUCCAUCGAGUUUGAUAAAAACGGCCUGCUCUCGGUGCAUCCCGCCUUUAAGCUACAGAGCAUCCAGGGCAGUCUGGGCUACGAUGAUGUUUUCGCCAAUGACACUUUUCAGUUUGAUAUUAAUGCUCACGAUGUCAUGGUUUUUUUGCAUAUACAGAAAACUGGUGGGACAUUAUUUGGAAAACAUCUGGUACGAGACUUAGAAUUACAAAGACCGUGUUCGUGUCAACGACGACGAAAGCGUUGCUUCUGUUUCCGUCCAAAUCGUAACGAAAAUUGGUUAUUUUCGCGAUAUUCUACUGGCUGGAAAUGCGGUCUACACGCGGAUUGGACCGAAUUGACGAAUUGUGUAGAUACAGAGCUCAAUAAAAUCGAAGGGGAAGGCAUCAAACGCCGUUACUUUUACCUAACUAUCAUAAGAGAUCCCGUCGCGAGAUAUCUCUCCGAAUUCAAGCAUGUGCAAAGGGGUGCUACGUGGAGAGGUGCUCGUCAUUGGUGCGGAGGUACUCAAGCAAAUAUACCCCAAUGUUACAAUGGCUCCAGUUGGAAAAAUGUCACUUUAGAACAGUUUAUGGCAUGUUCCUAUAAUUUGGCGAGUAAUCGUCAAACUAGAAUGCUGGCAGAUCUGUCAAUAGUUGGCUGUUAUAAUUCUACUCUCAGCAGCACUGACAGAGAUCGUUUAAUGUUGGCAAGUGCUAAGCACAACUUGCAGUACAUGCCUUUCUUCAUGUUGACUGAGUAUCAGAAGGUGGGACAAUAUACCUUUGAGGAAACGUUUAAAAUGCGAUUUGCAGUUGCCUUUGAACAGCAUAAUGCUACACUUAGUGCAGCUACUAUGGCAACCCUUAGCGCAGAACAAUUGGAUACUGUACGUAGGCUCAAUAGUCUAGAUCUGGAACUCUACGAAUUUGCAAAGAUUCUCGCCUUUCAAAGAUUUAAACGGCUUAGAGAUCGUGAUCCACAUUUCGUACAACGAUUCCAACAUCUUGGUGAAUUACCAUCAAGACAAAGUGUCACAGAAUUUAAUUGGGAUUCCGUCAUUGAAGAUACUACAGAGUGAUAUGUAAGUACGUUAUCUUUAUCGACGCCAAACAUUAUGCUGGAUCUGACUAUCUUAGGGAAAUACCCUUGAAACAGAAUGGUUUAUAUAUAAAUCAUGUAGCUAUCUGCAUAAAAUUUACCAAAAGCACGGAAGUGUACUUGGACGAAACCAAAGAGAAAUCCGAGAACCUUGUGAUGAACCUGGCUAUUCUCAUCAGCAACUAAAAGUAAAAGUUGCAAUGUGUAAUGUUCACAAAAAUUUUCUAUGAUUCAUAAAAUACUCGUACAUUCUAUGAAGGUUCUUCCACAUAUAAGUAACACAUAUCUUUGGUUAUGAUUUUACAUAGAUAAAAUUGUUAAUUUUUUUUAUAAGAUUUAUCUGCAAACAUAAUUAUUGCCAUAUGCGCCAAAUGAUUUUUCUCAAAUCAAUUUGUACAUAUAUUUAUGCCGUUUUUAAAUAAUUUAUAUUUUUUGGAUUAUAUAUAUAUACAUAUAUUAUAUAUGAAAUUUAGUUCUGUUUUCAAUUUAUUUACAUAAAUAAUUUUAUAACAAAUAUUGAUGUGCAAGUAAACUUACAUAUUUUAAUUGAGUAUAACAUAAUAUAUAUUAUACAAAAGUCAUAAUUUUAGUUAAAUAGAUAUAAAAAAUAUUUAGGAACAAAAUGUGGGAGUACCAUUAUUUUCUGUUAAUUCAUAUUAUUUUAAAAAGUUUAUUAUUGAGUUUCUGAAAACAUUUUCAUAUGUAAAAUUUAUAUUCUCUUCUUUCAAGAAAAACUAAAUUUGUUCAACACACCCACACAUAUGUACAUGAAUUAAUCUACAUUAUUGAAAUAAUAAGUAAAAAGCUUACACUUAAAUGUGUGAUGUAAAAUGUUAUGUAAAAUGUUAAGAUUUGAAUAUUGAAAUAAGCACAUACAUUCAUAAGAAAAAAUACAAAUCAACAAAACUGCAACUUGAAAUGCAAGAAUGUUGAAUAUAAUUAUGAUAUUAAUUAAUUAUAUUUGCAUUGAUACAUUAUAUUGAAUUUAUAAUAUCUGUUAUCCAGAUAUACAUGCAACAAAUACUACUUAUUGCAUGUACUACUGCUAAUUAUUGCACAAAUAUUCUAGCCAUAUUAAAAGAGAAAUUAUGCUUUGUUUAAAGAUAUAAAAAGAGCAUAUGUGAGAUCCUCAAUUAUUUUGCACACUAUCAAUUUAUAACAGGGGAAGCUAAGAAAUAGAAAUAGUAAUGAUAGUUUCAACAUUUGGUAAAAUUUUAUGCAUUAUACAAUUUUUUACAUCAGGAGCAUACAUUGUAACUAAAAAAGAUGCACACUCAUAAGCUUUGAAUUACUUUUGUAAAUAUAUAUCUCUAAAAGUAUAUAUAUAUUUUUUAAUCAAAUUACUUGCAGCAUGAUUGAAACGAGUCCGUUAGCUUUGUGAAGCUAACACUUAGCAUUUUGUAUAGUUUAAGUAAUAAAAUAUGACUAUGGUAAGCCAUAUGUAAAUCAAGAUAUGUAAAAUGGAAAAAAGUAUCCAUUUUCAAUCAUUGGAUCUGCACACUGCUCGAGAGAUGAUGAUUAACGGUCCUACACUUGAUUAAUAUAAAAUGCUAUGCUGUUCAUUAAUUAUGAUAUUAUUUUGUGCUAAAAGAAGUAUUGUCUCAACACGUAGAUAUAAUUAAAUCAUAUCGAAAGUCCUCCAAAUAUUUCAAAAAAUGAUUUAAAUAAAUUAUUUUAUUAAAGGCCUAUAUAAUUUUAUCACAAAUAACAGUAAUGCAUUAAAUGAUCGUCGUUAUUCCUAGAUUAAAGUUAAUCGUACUAUUUUAAUACAAUUAAUACUAAUUCAAUAUACAACAAAAGUUAUAAGUGCAAUAAGACUUGCGAUGGGUUACCAUUAUAAAUAUCUCAUAUCAUCCAGUCAUAAUAUAAAUAUAAAAUAUAGCGAUUUUAGUUACAUUAGCUAAUAAUUAUAGCAUAGGCAAAGGCUCUCUUGAAUAAUAAUGGUCUUUCGAAUGAAUACAAUACGUAUAUAUCUAAUAAUAUAUAUAGGAAAUCGAGUGCCAUAAAAAUCUUGUAAUUAAAAAAUCUUUAUCAUUACAAAAAUGCGCAAUUAUGUUAUUUUUAGUAUAUAGGGAUUUAAUUAUGGCAGAUAAUGAGAUUAGAGAUAAUAUAUAAAUAUUACAUUGUUUCAAUCGAAUGACCUAUUUAUAUUACAAAUAUAUACAUAUAAUGUUAAGUGUGUAAAAUUAUCAAUGAUUGUUUAAAGCUACUUUACUAUUAAGGACCAAAGAGUUAAGAUGUUUCAGCAAGUACUCAGAAAGCUUGCAGCACAAACAAUUAUAAGAAACUUUUUAUACACAUUGUUAGAUAAAAAGCUCAUUAUGUCGACGAUAAGCGCGAAUGAUUAUCUUAACGUUUUUCGUUUAGCUAUCAUUUUCAUGUUAUUAACGGCGCUUAUCUGACUGUGAUCGAUUCUUACAUCAGAAAAAAGGCUUAUCUAUUCGAUUAUAUCAAAUGAUAGACUGCGGUUUAUUUUGGGUGCAUUAGAAUUUUGUAAGUUUGAUGAUCUCAUUAAAAAUGUAUUCGUUCUAUAUGCACAAUAAUUGAAUCGUUCAAAUAUUCACGUAAUCAAUAAUGUAAAAAAAGAGGUGCAAGUUUUCAAAAUGUUUGAAAGGAUGAAACAUUAGCUUUAAUGUUCAUUAUACAAUACUUGUAGCAAGAGAAAAGAUAUGAAAAGAGAAAGAGAUAGUUAAUGGAAUGCCAUGACACUAGCCUAAUGAAGCGAACAAUAGGCCUAAAGCCGUCGGUACCUUAUUUAAGCCAUUGUAUAUACCAUACCAUUAGUUAUUUAAGAAUCAAUAAAUCAUGUAUACAAGUGACACAUAUUUAUGUGUGAUUACAUCUAUUAUUAUAUACAAUUAUACAAAUAAAAGUAUACAGAUAUUGUAAGAUAGACGUCGCGCAGAUCGAUGUUGUAAGUUCUUUAAUUUUAAUAAAUCUGAAGAAUCUUUCA